AACAGUGGUGCAGCGAUUCACACCCGGGCUCCUAUCUGGUCCUGAUUUGUGAGAUUUUAAGUUAUUUUAAAUUCUGAAACGUUCAAGAAGAUGCAGGAUGACGCGCGCUACCUCAAACGCAAAGUGACUGCGGGCAGUCUAGAUGUUCAUCCCACGGAGAAGGCCCUCGUAGUCCACUAUGAGGUGGAGGCGUCCAUACUGGGGGAGAGUGGAGGUCAUAUGCUGGCGGAACGGAAGGAGGGACAAAAGAUCAUCCGUGUGAAGAGUCUGUCUCCCAGUACAGAUGUGGGAGCUUUGGCCAAGAAAGUGGUAGAGGAGUGUAAGCUCAUCCCUUCCUCCCGUUUGCCCCAGGUGGAGCAGCUCCUCUACUAUCUGCAGAACAGGAAGUCAUCCCCGGUGGAGGGAAAAGUGGAGAAGAAAGAAAAAAGAAGUGUGAAACCCAGAGAGUUGACACCGUUUGAAGGAAUGGAGUUAAAUGAGGAAGCCAGUAUAACCAAAGUGGAUGAGUAUGUGGAGCUGCUCUAUGAAGGCGUCCCAGAGAAGAUCAGAGGCUCUGCUCUCAUUCUGCAGCUCGCCCGCAACCCUGAAAACCUGGAGGAGCUGCUACACAACGAGGCAGUUCUGGGUGCUCUGGCCAGAGUACUGAGGGAGGACUGGAAACAGAGUGGGGAGCUGGCCACCAUCAUCAUCUACAUCUUCUUCUGCUUCUCUAGUUUCUCCCAGUUCCAUGGAGUGGUGAGUCAUUAUAAAGUAGGUGCGUUGUGUAUGAGCGUGGUGGAACAUGAGCUGAAGAGACAUGACGUGUGGUGUGAGGAGCUGCGCAAGAAAAACAAGGCUUGUGAGUCAGCACUGGAGAAUGGUUCCUUAAGAAGAGACCAAGACAAAGCUCUGAGGAAGUACCAAGGGCUUCGAGCUAAACAGGAGCAGCUGCUCAGAGUGUCUCUUUACCUCCUGUUGAACCUCGCUGAGGACACGAGAACGGAGCUGAAAAUGAGGAAUAAGAACAUUGUUGGUCUGUUGGUCAAAGUUCUUGAUCGGGAUGAUGAGGAGCUGCUGGUCCUGGUGGUUUCAUUCCUGAAGAAGCUGUCCAUCUUUUUGGAGAACAAAAACGACAUGGCUGAGGUUGACACUGUAGAACGACUGGCUCGUCUGGUUCCCUGUGACCAUGAAGAUCUGUUAAACCUGACCCUGCGCCUGCUGCUCAACCUCUCCUUUGACUCUGGGCUCCGAGCCAAGAUGGUUGAAGUUGGACUUUUACCCAAACUGACUGGCUUGAUGAGUGAUGAGAACAACCGGCAAGUAGUGAUGCGUAUCCUGUAUCAUAUCAGCAUGGAUGACCGCUUCAAGGGCAUGUUUGUUUACACUGACUGUAUACCUCAGCUCAUGCAGAUGCUGUUUGAGUGCAGUGAGGAGGAAAUUGAAGCCGAGCUCAUCUCCAUCUGCAUCAACCUGGCUGCAAACAAGAGGAACGCUCAACUUACAUGUGAAGGAAAUGGGCUGAAGAUGCUGAUGAAGAAAGCUCUUAAGACAAAAGACUGUCUGCUGAUGAAGAUGAUCAGAAACAUCUCACAACACGAUGGACCAAGCAAACCACUGUUCAUAGACUAUGUGGGUGACCUGGCAGCAGAGAUCCGUGCAGAGGAAGAUGAGGAGUGGGUUCUCGAGUGUCUGGGGACACUGGCCAACCUCACCAUCCCUGACCUGGACUGGGAGUUGGUGCUGAAGGAGUACAACCUGGUACCUUACCUCAAAGACAGACUCAAACCAGGCUCAGCAGAGGAUGACCUCAUCCUAGAGGUGGUGAUUAUGAUUGGAACGGUUUCCAUGGAUGAUGCCUGUGCCGCCAUGUUGGCUAAAUCUGGCAUCAUUCCUGCCCUUAUCGAGCUACUGAACGCCCAACAGGAGGACGACGAGUUUGUGUGUCAGAUUGUCUACGUCUUCUAUCAAAUGGUUUUCCACCAAGCCACACGAGACGUCAUCAUCAAAGACACCCAGGCUCCAGCCUACCUGAUAGACCUGAUGCAUGACAAGAACGCUGAGAUUAGAAAAGUGUGUGACAACACCCUCGACAUUAUUGCUGAGUACGAUGAGGAGUGGGGGAGGAAGAUCCAGUCAGAGAAGUUUCGUUUCCAUAACAACCAAUGGUUGGAGAUGGUCGAGAGUCGUCAGGCUGAUGAGUCGGAAACGUAUCUCUAUGAUAACGACAAUGACAGGGCAGAUCUCUUCUAUAGUGCAGAUGGAAUAACUCCAGCAGACGGCUGCGUCAGCCCAGAUUUCUUCAGUGACCUGCAGGCUCAGAACGGAGACUCACACCUCACAGAAGCUGACAGAGACAUCUUCGACCAGACCAGCUCAUCACCUGGACGACCAGCCACUGCGUACGGCUUUAGACCUGACGAGCAGCCCUUCUAUCAGUACACAUAGACACACACACACACACACACGCCUGUUCUGUUCAACACGUCAGGACAUCCUGACAUGUUAACAUCCACAAUCUGCAUAUCCACAUCAUUAGAAUGACAAUAAAAUAUUACAAAUAUUAAUAGCCACUACGAUCGUGUAGAUAGACGAUUUUCUCACUGAUUGGAGGUGUUCCGAGUGAUUAGAGCCAUACUUUACCAUUAUUGUAUCAAAUUAUUAUCAAAUUAUUAUUCAUAGUAGUAGGAUUAAAUUAAAAUUAAAUUUAAAAGAAUCUUACAUCUGCAUAGUUUCACGUCUGAUUCUCCCACAUAAAACAAUUGCAAGCACCCACACAACACUCGGACUGGACUGUGUGUAGAUGCCUCGCUGUACAUGACAGAGUGGAGGAGAUUAGAGAUAUACAAAAAGAACAAAUCAAUCUGCUUGACUUGUGUUUUCAAGCUUUUUGUCAAAACUGCAAGUGAAUGGACAGUCAAUGUGAUAGAGAGAGAGAGAAAAAGGAACCAUAAAAACAUAAAUAGCAUGAUGUGCCUCUGCAGCUCUAACGGAGUAAGAGAGAUAAGUUUUGGUCAGUACGUAGUUGUAAUUUUUAAUUCUGGCACGAUAAUGAAGGUUGGAGUGGGAACCAGAUCGAUCUUUUAAAUAUUACUAAUACUCGUGACAGACUUGGUGUGAACCCACCCAUUUUUUCAAGUUAUCAGAAAUAAUAGAAGAUCCAGUAGUUGUGGAGAAGCCUGUAUAUAACCCUGACAGGGACUAACACUUCAGAUUAUAAUGGUGUUAUUUAAUAACCUGCAGUUCCACACAGUCAUAACCCAUUUCCUUCAUUCCACCACCACAACAAGAACAACAAGAACAACAAGAACAACAAAGAAGUACAUCAAGUUAAUGUUAAAUCUUCCUCACUGGCCACAGUCUUUGUAUGAUACGUUUUUUGUUGAAAAGCAAUCGAUCUAAAGAAUGUGAACAAACUUCAUUUUUAUCUAUGUUGAAAAGUUUUGCACGUGUUUUGUUUAUAGUGAUUAUUUGUUGCUUCCUCAAAUCUACAUAAAAAUACUCAGAUACUUUCUUACCUUGGUUCAAGGGUUUGAGAUUCACCAGACUCUGUAUAAUAACACUAUCAACUUCUUUAGUCACAGUCAUUUUAACUAUGUCGAUAACUGUGUUUUUUAAUGUCACUGUAAACUGGGUACACUGCUGCUGGUGAGCCUUACAUCUUGGAGUGCUUUUAGACUUGAAAAGCAGAACCAAGACACUGUACCAGAGUCUGUUUACGUGAGAUUGUCUGAAGGUGUGAUUACACAUUUUGUGGAAGUUCUGGAAAUUGCUAAAUCUACGAGUCGUGUAUAUGUGACUACGUGCAAUGGAAACUGUUUCAGUGGAUGCAUAAUGAUGUAGAGGCUCUAAACUUGCAAGAAGCGGCAGAUGCAAACGUCAAGGAAAGUUUGGACUAAUAAGGAGGCUGCAGUCUUCCUUGAAUAUGACAGACAUCCCCGUCUGUCACCAACUAUUACAUGUUAAUACAUUCACAGUUUUCUUCUUUUGCACUGGUACAGUGGCAGCUGGGUAGUGGAGGGCAAUAGGUAUAUAUAUAUAUAUAUAUAUAUAUAUAUAUGCAUACUUGGCAAAUAUUUCUGAAAAUAUAUAUAGAAGAGUGCAGGUAACACUAACAUUAUGUGCUGCUGUUUCGCUAAGGUAAAACCACCCAAAUUUGUAUACACCCCAAAUAUGAAGCUGUCAUCAUAUCUGUGAUAGAAUUCAAAUUAUUUGAAUGAUUUGCUUCCUUAUCAAUGGGCCAGCUUUAGUUUUCUCAAUGACUGUUUAAACAGAGAAAAGGCCCCAGACUGAUUGAUGACUGGCCUUAAUUUUCAAUAAUACAGUAAUUGUAUUAGCAUGUGCCGUGUUUAGUAUGAUAACCAUUCUGACAUUUCAUGUAUUUACUGUACAUAUUUCUCUGUUUUAAAAGCAGUGAGAGCAGCUUUGGACCAUGGAGAGUCAAUGUUGUUGUGUUGACAGUGUUAUUUGUAGCGUGUUUAUGGCUGUUUUCACUUUUACCAGGGUCCUGUAGUAGUUACUGUCUCACAGGGUCAUUGUUUACUGUGUGUUCUUAGAGCCACAGAGCCUUUAUACGAGAAAAUGAUGGGAAUCAGCAUAAUUACACAUUUCAAACCAAAAACACAUUGUUCCAUGAACUAAACUACAUCGUUCUCAAUGAAGAGGAGAGUUGUUCAUUCUGUUAAGUGCUGGACAGUUUUGCAACAUACUGUUAUUACUUUUAGGCAUAUUUGCACAUGUAGUUAUAUUUUGAUGCAUGGUUAUAGUUGUUUUUUUUAUCAUAAGUUAUUGUGAGACUACAGUAUGUACACUAUAUUGUCUUUAUGAUUUUAUUGCUACUUAACUGUAAAAAGUAGUAAGUACUGUUCUAUAGAUAUUCUUCAUCAUCA